AACAAGAUCUAAAUCCACAUACAGUGUGUAUCAUCAUCUUCUUCUUCUUCAAGAUAAUCUGCCUCCUUAAUUGAAUACUGAAGAUUCUUGCAGGUGCCUGAUUGGGGUGCGCAGGUGUCAUCAUUACGCUACCAAGUAAUUAAUUGAGUUUAGACGAUAUACAGGGGAAGUUUGAUGGCUCUGUCGAAAGGUAACAUAUUUGAGAAAGAUGGAGCAGUUUCAUAUCUGGUGCAGCUUAAAGAUGUACAAAUCGCCAUCCAGUGUGAGAGUCAACAGAUAGCUUCUCAGAAACAAGUAUCCAUUCACUUUGGCGAUGAACAGCACAUUAAGACAGAGCAUGGUGAGUCUCAGCCAGUACAAACAGAGGAUACUGUCCCUGGUAGAGGGAAAUUGGUUACCCCGGCUACUGUUUCACAACACCAAGAUUCCAAGGAGAUAAAGAUCGAGUACGAUGACGACGAGGAUAACUAUUCUGCUGCUUGGACGACAGAACCUGAUGAUGGAAAUGAUGAUGACACUCACACACCAUACACCGUACAAGUGGUAGAAAGGGGCUGCCCAAGUGCAACUCGGCUGCCGAGGGAGGAACACCCAUGCCCAGAUUGCCAUGUGAUCUUAAACAGUACAUGGGACUUGGAUCUGCACAAAUUGCAUGAUUGUACAGAGCCUAAGAACUCCAUUCAGCAUGUAUACAAUUGUGACCAAUGCUGGAAGUCGUUUCGUAGAAAGGCUAGAAUAGUUGCCCACUUACGCAAAGAUCAUAAUAAUAACAUGACUCCUUUUGAAAUGGUGGAGAAACUUGAGGAACUGAAAAGUACAAAAAGGCAAAAAAAAGGAAAUAAGGAUGAAAAAUGCCUUCCAUCUGACACAAAAGCUCUGAGACAUCCAGGCCUCGGAGAAGCAAGAGGGCAAACAACGAGGGAGAAGGUCGCAAGGAGGAAGAAAAGAGAUAUAGGAGAUAUGCAGAAAUUGAAAGAACAAACAAAGCAAGUUGGAGAAAAGGGUGAAGAAAAUCUCAUUCUAAUGAGAGAUGUAGAACUUGUAUUAGAAGAUAGAGAAAGAGAAAUCUCAGCAACGAUGCCCAUGUCAGAGUCAGAGAUCAGUGAAGCUGAACUAGAGAAGGAGACUGGCAAUGCAUUGGCGAUAUUGGAGAGGGAUGAGGGCAAGGGACAUGCUGCUGAGGGGGUAGAAGAAAAUCAAGAUGCCUCUACCGACCAUCACAUUGGAAAGAAAAGGAAAAGGCAGACAGCUGACUUGAAGGUCCAUGAAUCACAGGAGGGAACGUGUGAGCCAAGUGAAAUGAUUGAACAAAAGGCAAUCCAUGAAACUGCAGAAAAAAGAACAAAGGAAGAAAGCAAUUUAGAUGUUGGCGAUGACGAAAACGACUUUACAACCAGUAAAAAAUCAACAGAAAAUGGAGAGGAUGCCAUAGUAUGCUUCCUUUGUGAUUUGCAAUUUGAGACAAAAUGCGAUCGGAGGAAACACAUGCGUAAAAGUCAUAAGGAAUAUAGGCAGCAGUAUAAGUGCAGUACAUGUGGUAAAAUUUGCGAGCAGAAAGGUGUAUACAUAACACAUGUCGAAACCCACAAGGACAAAACGGAACGACAGAAAUACUAUUGUAAGAUAUGUGAUAAAACCUAUCUGUCAAAGUAUUAUUACGUUCAUCAUAUGAAAAGGCAUAAUGAUAAAUCAAAGCUAAUCGAAUGUGAAACAUGUGGUAAAACUCUUACUAACAAAAGAAGUCUUGAGAGGCACAUGAAUGACGUGCACAUCAAAGAGAUGAACUAUAUUUGCGAUUUGUGUGGGAAACGAUUCUACACCAACGGCGAGAUUAAGUUGCAUCAAGAAAGUCAUAAUAUAGAGAGUGCAUUUAAAUGUAAGGAAUGUGGAAAAAGCUUCCGCAUGGAUUAUCAACUUAAAGUCCACAAGAAAAGGGUCCAUUCCAAUGCUGGUCAUUGCCGUUGUGAAGUCUGUGGAUCAGCUUUCAAGAGUCAAGCCAAUCUGAAACAGCACAAUCUUACUGUCCAUAGUGGUGUCUACAGGUACCACUGCGACGUUUGUGGGAAGAAAUUCAAGCGCACGAGUCACCAAAUUGCCCAUAUGAAAAUCCAUUCCAAAGACCCCGCUAAGAAGCCUUUCAAAUGUGAACUUUGUAGUAAGGCAUUUCAAGCUCGAGGCAUGUUGAAGGUGCAUAUGGAUUGGCAUUACAACAUCCGGUCACAUACAUGUGAUGUGUGUGGUAAGUCGUUUCUGAGGAAGGGUAGCCUGGACAAGCACCAGUAUGUCCACCGGGACAAGAAACCCCAUGAAUGUCAGAUUUGUUCUCAUGGUUUCAUAGACCUGCCAGUUCUCAGGAAACAUCUAGACGUAAAACACAAUAUCACCCUGAAGAAGGUAGUGACGCAGAGAGUGCGCGAAGCCAACGAUGCCAAUUAAAGAGUCAGGAGGAGAUGGUGUCCCUGCUCGUAAACCUGCUGCCAGACCAUCUUCACCUUCAAAUUCAUGGUCUCACGACGCUGAUAAUGACAGUCCAGAAUUCAGUCAUCAGGGGAGCUUCAGAAGAGGCAAUAUUAUUCAAGUUCCUGAGGCUAGUGGUGGCCAAGUGGAUAGAGAGGCACUUCUGGCUAUGAUGAAUCAAUAGAUUUAUAGCAAAAGGGAGAGGAGGCUAAUAGAUUGAUAUUGAAACAUAUUAUCUGUUUCUGGCCUUCCUCUCACAUGCACCUGUCCGAGCGGUCAGAGAAUAUUGCAUGAAACUGAAACAAGCAAUGGGAUAUACGUGUUAGAGAAUGGAGCACAGUAGAGAG